AGUCACAGAUGGCCGUCUCAAAUCAACAACCGGUGCAGUGAACGAGUAAAGUGACGCGGUUAUGAACGCAAAACAAUCGCGUCAGACGCGUAAAACGUCGUGAAACAUGUAAGGAGUUGUUAUCGUAAGUGCCAUCGCGUUGAAUUUUACGUUUCUUUUUGUUUUGCAAUACCAUCGGUCAACAGUGAAAGCAAAACUUGGCUUGAUCUGCCGUUGCUUUUACGAAUUGGUUUUAUCGUCGGUGACGUACGGUUUUGGAGUACCGAGGCCAAACACGAAUCGCUGUUCGAGGAUGAGCGCGAACAAUGUGCAAGCACUUUUCGCCUGUUCAAGAUGCUUUUCAAGGCAUCCAUUCGAGGAACUUUCCCCGGGGCAACAAUUGUGCAAGGAAUGCAGAGGUGCAUUUCCUGUGGUGAAAUGUACAUAUUGUAGGUCAGAAUUUCAACAAACGAUAAAGGGUAAUACAAGCACUAUAUGUAAGAAAUGUGAGCAAAAUGUAAAAUCUUAUGGUAAACCAUCGGCCUGUGAAUAUUGCAAUACCAUAGCUGCAUUUAUUGGUAGUAAAUGUCAAAGAUGUACAAAUUCUGAAAAACGUUACGGGCCACCAGUCACUUGCGAACAAUGCAAACAGAAGUGUGCCUUUGACAGACAAGACGAAGAUAAGAAGGUUGAUGGAAAAUUAUUAUGUUGGCUGUGUACAUUGUCAUACAAACGAGCAUUGGCUAAAACAAAACAAUCCGAUGCUGAAAGGAGGGCACAUUUGAAACUAGCACAACAACGAGCAGCAAAGCACAAAGAACAAAAAUUAAAAAGUCACAAUAAGAGACCACACAGAGUAGAUGUAACGAAGUUACCGCCACAGUCCGAAGGUGGAGACACGAACGGUCCGACACCAGUGAAAGCAGCGCGAAUGGUUGGCGUUCACGAUCCCCAUGAUCCUAAUAGCUCGGAUCACGUUGUCGCAGUCACACAACUUAAAGAAAAGAUAGCCCACCUUCAAAAACAAAUUUCUAUUAAGGAUGGGCAGUUACUCGCUAAAGAUAGACAAAUUACGGAAUUGAAGGCAAAAAACUUCACGUCGGAAACGGAGCUGCGUAACAAGAUGAAAGCGACAGAGAAAGAGUACGAAACCAAAAUAUCCACGAUGCAACACAAGAUCUCCAGUUUGCUAAAAGAAGUUGCUUCCCUAUCAAAGAGUUCUAAGCGGGGCGACAGAGUAGCUGCCACGAAAACAGAAGCUGGGACCAACAGUGGAAGUGGAACAGACAGUCCUGUACCUUGAUAAGGGACUUGGUUAGCCGUGACAACAUACUCAAAUGUCCAUACCCGCAUAAAUCAUGUGGUACAUUACAUAUAGCUAAUUGUUUCCAUUAACAAGGCAAAAUCUGUAUUAUUUUUCUAAUUAAUAUAGGAAUAUAUAUUAUCUCCGACGUGUACACGGAAAGUCUUACACGUUCUUCUAAUGGGGGAUGAUGAUGGUGAUGCAAGUGCAAAAAAAAAAAAAAGAAAAAGAAAAAAUGUUAUUCGUAAGUUAGGUAGCUUUCCCCGUCCCCUCUUGUUCCGUUUCACGAUCAUCCCGCGGACGCGAAUUACUGCGACCCGAUGCCGUGAUAAAUUUGUUUAUAUGUGACGAAGAAGCCGCACUUAUUCGAAUUGUACAAUAACGAAUCGGAGGGGCAUUCGGUCCGAUAGAAGUGAUUUUUAAACUUUACGAUCAAAGUUGAUACUUGCGAGAAAUGAACAGAGUUAUAUGCAGACACAUACACACAUACACACACUAUAAUUGAGCAAUAGUGCUGCUGUAACAUUUUCCUAUCUAUAACGAUGAAGAUGUAACGACGAUGAAC